AUGUCGAAGAGAGGGCGGGGAGGAUCGGCCGGUAACAAGUUCCGGAUGUCGCUAGGUCUGCCGGUGGCGGCGACGGUGAACUGCGCCGAUAACACGGGUGCGAAAAAUCUUUAUAUUAUCUCCGUAAAGGGGAUAAAAGGCCGGUUAAACCGGCUCCCUUCAGCUUGUGUCGGGGAUAUGGUGAUGGCUACCGUGAAGAAGGGCAAGCCUGAUUUGAGGAAGAAGGUGAUGCCUGCUGUUAUUGUGAGGCAACGUAAGCCGUGGCGCCGAAAGGAUGGUGUUUUCAUGUAUUUCGAAGAUAAUGCCGGUGUUAUAGUAAACCCAAAGGGUGAAAUGAAAGGUUCUGCUAUUACAGGUCCAAUCGGAAAAGAGUGUGCUGAUCUAUGGCCGAGGAUUGCUAGUGCAGCCAAUGCCAUAGUUUAA